GCGCCUGCGAAUACGCGAGCCGCGGUGCAGGAUUGCGCGGCGAUCAAGAUAGCCAGCGUGUGCCGGAAGUGGAGAUAAGGGAGACGACUUCUUGCAAGGUAGUGAAAGCGGGAUCGAUACAGCUGCUUGUGUCAAACCUACCAGCGACACAACAAUAAUUAUGGGGCUACGUACCGCUGAUCAGGAAACGCAGAAACUUGUAAAAAUUGCCCAAGAUAUGCGAGCCAGAGCUUACUGCAACUAUAGCAAGGUUCAUGUUGGCGCGGCCCUCCUAUGUGAAGAUGGGACUAUUUUUACAGGAUGCAAUGUGGAGAAUGCAAGCUAUGGGCUGACUAUAUGUGCAGAAAGAACAGCGCUAGUAAAAGCAGUGUCAGAAGGUCACAGGACCUUCAAAGCAAUAGCUGUUGCAUCGAACAUGAAUGAUCUUACAAUGCCUUGUGGAGCAUGCCGACAGUUCAUAAUAGAGUUCGGCAAAAACAUUGUCGUGCACUCUGCUGCUGCUGAUGGGAGGGUUUCGUCAAAAAGAGCAGAUGAACUGCUACCGUUGUCAUUUGGAGCUUCGGACUUGCCUUCAAAGUGACAUCGUUCCAAUGGCAGUGCACUUUUCCAGAUUUAAAAUAAUCAAGUCAUCUGAAACUGCUGCUCAGGUGUAGUAAGCUGUCAUGAAAUUAAAAAUCACCUGCCUUCACUGUUUUUCCUGACAA